GUUAUCCUUCUCCAACUUUGUACAGGUGUUCUGUACGUUGCUGACGUUCGUCAAGGUUGAAGUCAGAGACGGCACACGGAACCCACGCCGAGCUGGCUUCAUGCCGCUGUGUUAUUUUUCGUAGUAGCAGUGACCUAGGACAGAGGGCUGUGACUGUGCGGUGUACCGUUCCAACCACAAUUAGUUCUAGCCGUCCUACCACAAUUAUGCGUAAGACUGCCAGCUUCUGUCGACUACCGUCCUUGCUGUGCCGGAGUGCGCCAGCUGUUUCAUCGCAGACCGCCACGCCGGUGUUGUCAGCGCUGUCUGACAAGUUUGUUCAUUUCGGCUCCAGUCACCCCAGUGGCCUACAAACACAGUCAUGCAGGGGUCACCAACGCCUGAACCGCUACGCAGUUGGAGCAGGUGCCCUGUUGUCCGGUUACUUGCUCUGGAGGCAGCGUGCAAUGUGGCUACCCAUUGUCUCUGCCUCCACUGUUCCGCCACCAUCCACCCGGUUCAACUUCAUCGCUGAUGCUGUUGAAAAGACGGCGCCUGCUGUGGUCUACAUCGAGAUACUGGGCAGGCACCCAUUCACUCAACAGCAGAUAGCCGUCUCCAAUGGCUCUGGCUUUGUGGUGCGCCCCGAUGGUCUCAUCCUAACAAAUGCACAUGUUGUGGCCGAUGGCCGGCUUGUGACUGUUAAGUUGCACGACGGGCGUCAAUUCACAGGAAAAGUGGAGGCCGUGGACCGCCGCUCUGAUCUUGCCACCGUUCGCAUCCCAGCAAAGGGUCUGCCGACGCUACAACUCACCCACACAGACCAACUUCGACCCGGCGAGUGGGUGGUUGCCAUGGGAAGUCCGCUUGCCCUCAACAACACCAUCACGGCUGGUGUGGUCAGCUCCGUACACCGUUCAAGCAAGGAGCUCGGCAUUCACAAUGAGAUGGACUACAUCCAGACUGAUGCCGCCAUCAAUUUUGGCAACUCGGGAGGACCCCUCAUCAACCUGGAUGGAAAUGUGAUCGGCAUCAACACAAUGAAAGUCACAGCAGGAAUCUCCUUUGCCAUCCCGGCUGAUUAUGCAAUGAACUUUCUGGAAGAGGCAUCAAAGAAAAACCAGGAGGAGACAUCAGCCGAGCGAUGGUACCUGGGCAUCACGAUGCUGACGCUGACGCCUAGCCUCAUCCUGGAACUGCAGCAGCGUGACCCUAUGUUCCCGCAUGUCACGAAUGGAGUCCUUGUCUGGAGGGUCAUGCUGGGCUCGCCUGCAAACCUACCUUCACCAAUGAUGUUGCAAGGAAUGGAGCACAGACAGCACCUGCACAUGAUGAGAAGCCUGCCCUCUAGUUUCAGCUGCAGUCUAAAUCAUCAUCAUCAUCAUCAUAAUCACCAUCACCACCAGCGUGGCCGGUCUCCAGCCUGGUGAUAUCAUCGUGAAGAUUGGAGGUGCAGAAGUCAAAUCUUCCCAGGACGUUUACAAGGCACUUGAAGUGUGGAAGCCACUUGAUAUUGAAGUCAUACACAGAGGCACCCGAAAGAAGCUCAAAGUUCAACCUUGAGUAGCAUAUUAUCAGAAAUAAAAUGUCCAUUUUAUGUU